AUACGCACAUCGAAACAACAAAAAUUCAAUUUCAUUUCGUUUGAAAUUUCAUUUCAUUUGAUUUUGCUCGGCCGUUAAUUGCGAAUACAACAUAAAUAAAACAACAGAAUUUUAGUUUGGUUAUUUGAAUUGUGUGCGAUUUUUUUGGUUUUUGAAAUAAAAAAAAAGUGUGUAGAGUGAAUUAAAAAAAAAUUAAUAAUUUGAUAAGCGUCAAUCGAAACGCCAUCGGAAAUCAUUUAAAAUUGACAAUAAUAAACAAAAGUUGAGACAAGCGAAGCAGAGAGAGAGAGAGAGAAGGGAAACAACAGAUUGAUAGCGCUAGCGAAUGGGAAAAUAAGCGGUGACAAGUUGGAGGAAUAAAAUUCAUGUCAUUUCAAUGGCCACAUCAAAAUCAUAUCGUUCGAUGCCUUCAAGCAAUAUCAGUAAGUUUGCCAGCGACAAUUCUGGUCUGCUGACGACGGUCGCCGAUCUACCAUACAAUUUCAAAUUGCAAUAUGUGAGCGUUGAAACGCCACUGGAUUUAUCGCUAAAGAGCGUACUUGGCCAAAUAACACCACCACAUUCACCGCAACGGUCGCCAUUAAAAAAGCGACCAUAUCAUCAUGUUAUCGAAACGGAUGUCGUUGAUGAAGAUGAUAAAAAGACCACUACGAUUAAGAAUGAUCCUGGCAGUGACGUUGAGCCAUCGCCGCCGCCAGCAAAGCUUGUCAAAAAAGAAGUUACACCGAAUGGAAAACAAAUCAAAGUGACUGCCAUGCCAAAAACCCAUAAGUCGGUGUCGACAAAUAAAGCGGCUACAGCGGCAGCAGCAGCAACGGCACCGGUGGCUGCAAACAAUGUAAAAGAGCAUAAGCGUGUUAAGGCUGUGCGCAAAUUGAAGUUCGAUGAGAAAAAAUCGUCGCCCGUAUCGGGCACCAUAAUCCGUGCGCUUGACGAAAUCGACAGCAAUAUUCCAAUGGAAUCGGGCGACAUUGAUCCACAAUUCAAUAUUGUUGAAGUGACCGAAGAGGCAAAAGCCGAAAUUGCCGCUAUACCAAAUGUGAUUGGCGCUUAUUUGUGUAAAUUGUGUCAAAUCGAGUUCGACGACGCAUUCUGUUUGGCAAGACAUCGUUGCUCAUGCAUUGUUCUAUUGGAGUAUCGUUGUCCCGAGUGUGGUAAACGCUUCAAUUGUCCGGCCAAUUUGGCAUCACAUCGUCGAUGGCACAAACCAAAAGAUGAAGUUAUGAAAAAAGCCAACGAAUCAAAUGGAUCAGGUGAUGGUGGCGGUGACGAGAAUGCCGUGCAGUAUCCGUGUAAUUUGUGUGGAAAGUUUUUCAAGCGUCAAGCCUAUUUGCGAAAGCAUUUAGUGACGCACAAUAAACCAAACAGUAAAACAAAUAAACGAACCGUUCUGUCGGCCAGUGAUUCAAACGACGAUGGUGUUAGCAAUGGUGGUGGUGGUAGUGGUGUUGAUGGUGGCAAAAGCAUCAAUGCCAAUGGCAAUACCAGUGCUACGAAAAAUGCACGAACCAACGGUAACAAUCACGCAACAAACAACAGCAACAGCAACAGCAACAGCAACAGCAAUAGUGGCCACCGAACCAAAAGUGUUUGCAGCGAUGACUCAGUAUCGUCGUCACAGGAUUCGAUUGCAUCGAGCGUACGCUUUACAUUCAAUGUUAAUUCGUCGAAUGAUGUGAAUAAUGCCAACGAAACAAGAAACUAUGACGACGUUCAGCCAUCCAGUUCACCCACACAUUUUCGACUGUUUAAAAGUGACAUUUUUACGGAAGAGGAAAAUAUUGCUGCGGCCGCUCUGGCUCACCUGAGACACGCCAAAGAUUCCGUCAUACGACACACCACCGCAUUAUCAACGUAGGACCAAAAUGGGAAUCAAGCGGAUUUUUGCCGAUUUGAUUCAUCUGUGCGACACCACCGUGGACGACGACGACGACAACAACUACAACGACGGGCCGCCCAUUCCUCCUGCUGCCACUCGCAACAGUAUCAACUCAUUUUGUGUGUACAUAUACGAGCAAAAACAGAGAAUAUACUAAUUUAUUGAUUCGAUUUAGGAUUUUAUGACAAACACUUUAAGUAGAAACAGUAACAAGGAAUUAUCAAGCGAUUUCGAUGUUCGACAUCGACGUCGACACGUCAACGUUCGUCGAUUUGUUCGUGGAAUCGCCUCAAUAUGUUAGUAAAUGUCAAUUAUAGCUAAGCUUUUCUACCCAUUCCAUGGAAAUGAUUUUCUUUUAUAUUUAUUUAUUUAUUGUACGCACACCUUAUUUUCUUUUUUCGGCGUCUAUUUUCAUUCCAAAUGAAAUCUCUUUUGCAAUUGUUUUCAUCUAUACAGACACAGAGAGAGAGAGUGAGAGAGAGAGAGAGAGAGAGAGAGAAAGGACAAUAUAUUUUUUUUAUUUGAUUUUUUUUUAUUUGUCUUUAUUUUGAUGCUUUUUUUCGUCAUAUUAUUUUAUUUUUAUUUUAAAAAGAAUUUUAUAUGAUUAUCCACGACGUUUCGUCUCGAAACAACGAUGGAAUAACAUACACGGAUGAGUAUCAUCUAGUCAGAGUGUUUUCGAAUUGAACGCAAUUCGAAAACGAUAUAUUUUAUACUACAUAUAGGAUAUGUAACUUAAUUUUAACGAAGAAGAAAACGAAGAACGAAAGGAGAAAACGAGAAAAAAGAUGAAAAUGCGCUUUCCGAGCUCAAAAAUAAUUGUUUCCCAUUCAUUCGUUGCGUCGAUCGAGUUUCGUUCGACGAUUGAUAUGACAAAUAAGUAAGAAACCGAUCGAUUUUAAAAAUUGUCGUCUGAAGCUUUUAGAUGAAAUCAAGUAGAAAAGAGAACUUAAGGAAUAUUUUUCUACAUACACAUACACAUACACACAUACAUUCAAAGAUAUCAAGAGCUUAGUUUUAAUGGAAUAGCGUUAGCGACGACCGACAGCGAUGUCGUGUCUCACUCUCUAUUUGACGCUGGAAAAUUUAGUAUUUUAAAUGUUCUUUUAUUUUCAUAUAAAUAAAUAUAAGAGAAACAAAGUGUGUACACUUAAAUGGCGCACAUUUUUCUUUCGUUGUGCAAUCCCGUCGCUUUCUUCAUAUGUGUCAUAAUGAUCUCGCCCAAUUUUUCGAAUCGAUUGUGAAAACACUGCAAGUUUUUUUCGCAUCCGACGGAGAGAGAGUGAGAGACAGAGAUUAGAUUAAUUGAAUUAGAUAAUGGAUUUUUAAUUUAUUUUUAGACACUUAAGUUGUAAUUCUCAAAUGCCGAUAUGAUUGCCAUGGCCAAACAUAUCGCACCACACAGCUAAUACCAAAAAAAAAAAACAAGUAAAGCCGAUGAAACGAAAAAAGCGUAAUAAUAAACCGUAGAAUCGUGUGCGGCUACUACAAAGUAAUUAGCCCGUAGGAAUUUGAAAUAAGCCGUAGAUAAGUGCGUGUGCAUUCGUUCAUUCAGAAAAUCAUGUUACAGAACCAAAAUGAUGCAUUGGACUAUUAAACGUGACUCUUGAUGAUAACACACACGUGCUAAUUGUCUAGCUACAGAUUUUCUUCUGUUUUUUUUUUCUCUAUCCAAUUUUCCAAUCUAUUUUAUUAUUAAUUCGUUGCAUUUCUCUUACGUUAAGAUGUAUAUAUAGCUCAUAUCACACCAGGAAAUGUUCCCUGCGCGCGCCGUGCACAUCCACAGCGAGAGCGCCGUUAAUUUUCAAAUAUCAAAAUGCAUAACAUAAAAAUUUAAUCGCUUUACAUAUCUAUGAUGUGUGCGUGUGUAUUUUUGUUUGUUCGUUGUUUGCAUAAGGCCACUAAUGCGCUACACAGUUGCAAUUUUCCACGUUAAAGAAUUUCCAUUCUUGCAUCCUGAAAUAUAUAUAUAUACAUUCGAGAGACGUACACUCACACAUUCCCUUCCGUUCGAGUUCGCAUACACUUCGAUCCAUUGCGAAAGCAACCGAAGAGAACAUGAAGAAAAUAACAUAUCACAUUUGACAUUCAAUAUCUUAUGAAAAUACAAUGAGCGAAUUUGAAUUAUUUUUAUCACAGAUUCAAUAUUCGUCUCGUUGACAGGCCAAAAAUGUAUUUUGCGUAGCAAACGACACCGAACAUAUUAUAGCAUUUAGAUUUCAUUUUUCUCUUUCUCGUCCUUACCUACUACGAAUGGACUUACAUAUACAUAUAUUUUUAGAAAGUAAGAAACAGAAGCAUUUCAAAUUCGAAAAUAAGAAAAUAAAUGCAUGGAAAUUUUCAAUUGAACAGAAAGAAUGAAAGAAGAAAAAAAAACGUACCGAAGAAAAGCAUUGAAGAGGAAAAUAAAUACACAUAUUUUGUAAUUUGAAAUAGUUUCGUUUCGUCAAACGCAACAAAGAAUACACAAUAAUAAAAAAAAAAGAAGAGAGAACUAAAAAGAAAAUACAUGGAUUUGCCUUGAGACCAACUCACUGCCUUCGAUAAAUACAAAAUGAGAGAAUAAUCAUGAAGAAAGAAACAUAUAUAUAUAUAUUUAUUACAAAAUCCAGGAGAAUAACGUGCAUUGUCGCAAUAACAUAUACAAAAUAUUUCUACAAAAUAUAUACGCAUAUAUUUUUUGCGUAAAAUAUACAGAGGACCAUCAGUUGCCUGUCUCUAUAUUAAAUCCGAAAACAAUGAUAACACAAACCGUAGAAAUGAAUUCAACUAGACAAAGAAUGGCGCACAACAUUUGGUUUCAUUUCACCGACUCGAUGUCAGACGCAUGAUGAAGUAAAUUUUAUGAAUAUUUUAGAUGUUUAGAUAAUAAAUAGAAAAAUAUAAACAACAACAAAAAAAAACAUUCUUGUGAUAAAUGAUAAUAAAUGUUAGGACACAAAUGAUUUUAACUCAAAAUACCACAAAUACGACAAUCACUUUGGUUCAUGUUCAUUCGCAGUGGCUUUGCGGUGGUGUGUUCCGUUCAAAUAAAAUUUUUUUUUCUCAUAUAUUCGGAAUUCAAGUCUGAAUGAACGAACAAAGAAGAUAUUGAAAGGCAUUAGGAGUGAAGAAACGGAAAAUUCCAAAUUUGCUCAUCAAAUCCAUGUAUGUAACCUCAGGUAAUAGGAAAAGGAUACUUUGAACGAACUCAAGAACAACAAAGCAAUCCAUUGGAGCUACAUUUAAGUCAAAGUAAAUCAUUAAACAUUGACAAACAUGAAGCUAUAACGCAACUUAAAUAGACUGAUAAGAUCAAAGUUUUGUGGGUGCUUUUAAUUUUCGAGCAAAAUCUAUUUUGCCAUUAGCAAUAAAUUGUCACGGGGGAAAUGUAUGCAAAUUGAAAUUGGGCUUAUUUCCCGCAUUUGCUGUAAGUCAACUCCAUCGUCCUAAUGAAAUUUAAAUGAAAUUUUAAUAACAAAGUUUUAAGUUUGAAAGAGAAAGAAAAAAAACACCCGAAGAAUAGGGAUGACAAAAUUGAAGACAAGGCACUUCGUUUCCACAUAAGCCACACUAGUGAACAUGAAUAUUCGAUAGAUUUGUUGAAAUCAAACGAACAACCAAUUUUUUUUUCCUUCAAAUAACGGAGUUUAAAGACAUGGAAUUGUGUGUUGGAAUUAAUACAAAACGUUACAUUUUAAGACAUACUUGUAAAGCGCAACCCACAAACAAUCGAA